AUGGCACAGGUCGCAACGAUACCACCACCUACUAUUCUGAACAGGCCUCGCUCACCAAGAAACUUUCUCAAGGCGAACAUGGAAGAGGUUAAAGAAUUGAGUGAAUUAAAUAGAGAAAAACACGAAGCAGAGGCAGAAAAGAGAAAACGAGAAGAAGAAGAAGCAUUGCUCAAAGAGAUGGGGUUAUUAGACAAAACAUCGGGUAAAAGCAGGAUUAAUUCAAGGUCGAAUUCAAGGAGUACUUCUCCAAGCAAAAUAAAUUUAAGAUCAAGAUCAAACUCGCCGUCAGCUGUUUUGCAAUUCGAAAAUACACAAAAGACCAAGGAAUUAGCAAACACUACAGAAAGCAAAUCAAAACCUUUAGUGCAUCGAUCCCGGAUUAGUGCCGUCUCUAAAUCACAGCCGCAAUCAAGUGAUACCUCGCCAAAGACGUCCAAAAUACCAAAACGACAGAACUCCGUCUCACCAGCAAGAAACUCUAGAAACUUCAUAAAUUAUAGGCGACCGUUCGACAAUAGUUUGAACAAAAAUCAGCGUUUCAUUUCCAAUAGUACUAGCAGUAUUCAUGAAACCAUAAGAAUUGGAAGUCAAGUACAUGAUAAAAGAGCAAUAAGUCAAAGUGCGCAAUUCCUCGACAUUUCUCCAAACAAUAUACAUAGUAAACCACCAAUUUCACCAGGUAAGGUGGGCCCUCCACCUUCAAAUCGAUCCAUUAGCUCUAAACGACUUUCACCAAUAGUCGGAACUCCCAAUAAAAGUCCAGUUGAAGACCUUAAAUCAAGUUCAGCGAAAACUACACCAAGGCCUUCCCCCGCUGCGAGAAAGUCUACAAAAACUGCUGGUGGUACACCUGCUACAUCUAGAUUGAAUUCUAGACAAAACAGCAGGUCUGGUAGCAGAGAUCCCAGUCCUGAGAAAAAAACUAAUAGCAAAGUUGUGACUACGUCUAGGGUUAAUUCGCAAAACAAAACUGCAACUAGGACACCAAGUACAAGAACUACUCAAAAAACUUUAAUUGCAACUAAAAAUGAAACAAAGAAACCGAUCAAUAGAACAAAUAGUACGAAAAGCUUGACAAGAACUGAAAGUUCAAAAAAUAUUAGCGAUAAACCCCCACUAUCAAAAAGUAAAGAUAAAAAGAAUGAGUUGAACGAGAAAGCCAAAUCAACUAGUAAGAUUAAUGAAGUUGGUGACAUAAUAUCUCCAACAGAAAAAUCUUCUAAGUCAGGUGCGAAAACAAAAGAAGACCUGGCAGUCAGCGAUGAAGUAAAUACGACUGCUGAAGUAAAUAAAGAGGAUGAUGAAAAAUUGAAACAAGAUAAUGAGACUCAGUAUGAUAAAAUUACUAAUGAGAAGGGUGACUUGAUUAUUUUAACGAAAAAAAAUAUAGUGUCCAUGACAACUGCGGCAAUUACUGCCCAACCAUUAGAAGUAGUGACCACGGUUACUAACCAAUUACCAGCUGCUCUAGAAAAGGCAAGAGAAAAAGGAAUAUUUGAGAGAUUAGGAUCGAAGGACUCUUUAGCCCCUAAGGAGAACGAAAAAGAGGAGUCAAUAGCAAAAGAAUCAUCAGGAAGUAAACAAAAUUUACCAGAAAAAGAUUCUAUGGUAACCAAAGAUUUGACAAAGGAAGAAAAGAAUGGAAAAUAUGACGAUAAAAAACCGCCAAAACCAAUUAAAACGUUAUACGGUGACGAUAACAUUAAACUAAAGCUAUUACAACCGCCAUAUAAUAACCCUCAAGUAGAAAGGGUUAAGCAAAAAAUUGACUCUAUACUAAAAGAACCUGAAAUUUCGACAGAGUACAUUCUUGCCUCAACGAAAAAAAUUGAGGAUAAAGUUUCCGAUACGAAAGAUACUUUUAAAAGCGUAGCUCAUAAAACAAAAUCAGACAUCCACGAAGCCAAAAAGGAAGUGGAAACAAAAUUAGAUCAGGUAAACGAUGAAGUUGAAAAGGAAACUGAAAAAAUAACGACUGAAAUACGCACCGAGGCUACAAAGAUUGUUGACAGCAUAAUUACUCCAGUAGAAGAACCCAAAGAGAUUGCGGAUAAGCAAGAACUAAAAGAAAAUCUAGAGCCAAUUGUUAUGGUAGUAAACGAAAAAGGCAAAAAUAUACUAAAAAAGUCUGAAGUAAUCAAAGUGAAUGAAACUUUAGUUAAAGGUGAACCAGAGGUUGAAGUGCAAAGCUCGAAUGUUUCCACACCGGGUCUUGAGAAGAUCACAAUAAACACAAAGGCGGCUGAUGGCAGCGUGUCUGACAAAUCGACUAGCAACGGCGGUUUCCCUCAAAGCACCAGCACCACCCCCAAACCGCCACCGAGGGCACAGCGCCAGGCCAAGCUCGAAAUGCAAGCUGCCCAGUCAGAAGAGACCAAGGAGAGUCCACCCGGUGAGAAGAAACCAAACAUCUGCGCGAGGAUUAUGGGGAAGUGCAAAUCGAAAUGUUGCUCGUGCUGCGCGAAGCCAAAAGAAGAUGAAACGACAGCGAAAGAAGAGACGAAAGAAGAACCUAAAGAAGAAAGGAAGGAGCCAGACAAAGAAGCAAAAAAGGGACUGUUGACAAAACUGAACUGUUUCAAAAAGAAAGAAAUGGAGAAGGAUAAGGCUACGGCUGAAAGGGCAGCUGGAAAAGUGGCGACCAUUGAGUUUGAGAGCGAAACGAAGCGGCGGCGGAAAUUGCGGGACGUCCUGUGCGGGUGCUGCCGACGUCGGCGGGUGAAAGACUCGUCCGGGCUGCCACGGCGCAUAGCGGAUGUGGGGGUGGCGUCGCCGGCCGUGCAGGAGGUGGGCUGCUGCGGCAAACGGCGCAAGGACACCCAGAGGAGGGACAGCAUUCUCAGCGACAGGACUUCCAACUCAUGUUGCAACAACCGCCUCUGCCAGUGGAUUCGCGGUGCGUGCCGAAGAAACUCAGAGCAGGCCUCCACCCCCCGCGCCAGCCUCUUCUCCAAGAACAAAAGCCUGUCGCCGACUCUCCCACCGGAGGACACGCGCACGAAGCUCGACCCAUCCCUGGUGGAGCACACCAGCGUGAUGCGCGGCGCGAUACCAGUCCUCCCGUUAUCGCUCGCCUACUUCUGCCUCUUCUGCAACAUCCUAGUGCCUGGACUAGGUACAAUAUUCAGCGGCUUAUUCUGCCUCUGUUUCGGAAUACCACGGUUCGGGAUUCACGACAGCCCUAAACACAGAAUAGGUUCGUUCGUAAUCAACCUUCUGGUUGGCUGCGGGCAGCUGUUCACGGUGCUGUUCUGCCUAGUGGGGUGGGGCUGGUCCAUUUGGUGGGGCACCAUAAUGGUCAGGACAUCGCGAAAAUAUCGAAAAUUGAAGGCGGAAGCUGCAAUAGAAGAGGCAGAGGCGGCGCCACCGGUCACGUCGAACAAUCACACGAGAACA